AUGCGCCAUUCUCCGUGUUUGAACUACUUUCUACUGGGCUUACUGUCGUCAGACUUCCUCCAUGAGGAUGUUUAUGUGAAGUGGCGGCCCUCAUGUUUGGUCCUGAUGCACUGGCUGGACUUUCACUGUGCCACAGGUCGGCUGGACUCAGGUCGGCUGGACUCAGGUCGGCUAGACUCAGGUCGGCUGGACUCAGGUCGGCUGGACUCAGGUCGGCUGGACUCAGGUCGGCUGGACUCAGGUCGGCUGGACUCAGGUCGGCUGGACUCAGGUCGGCUGGACUCAGGCGUGGUUGUGGUUGGAGUCAAAGCACUGGUGUCUACUUUAACAUCCAUCGUCCCAGUAACUGGUGACGCAGACAUGACAGGAUCCUCUUCUAUGAACUGCAGCGGGUUCAAAGGAGCUUGGGUUGUGAGUGUUUGCCGUGUGGGGUGUGGUCUGAGUGUGUGCCGUGUGGGGUGUGGUCUGAGUGUGUGCCGUGUGGGGUGUGGUCUGAGUGUGUGCCGUGUGGGGUGUGGUCUGAGUGUGUGCCGUGUGGGGUGUGGUCUGAGUGUGUGCCGUGUGGGGUGUGGUCUGAGUGUGUGCCGUUCCCACCUGGUGUCCUCCUGCGCCUCCUCCUGUCCGCGCUCUCAGUCCCACCUGGUGUCCACCUGCGCCUCCUCCUGUCCGCGCUCUCAGUCCCACCUGGUGUCCACCUGCGCCUCCUCCUGUCCACGCUCUCAGUCCCACCUGGUGUCCUUCUGCGCCUCCUCCUGUCUGCUAUCUCAGUCUCACCUGGUGUCCUCCUGCACCUCCUCCUGUCCACGCUCUCAGUCCCACCUAGUGUCCUCCUGCGCCUCCUCCUGUCCACGCUCUCAGACUCACCUGGUGUCCUCCUGCGCCUCCUCCUGUCCGCGCUCUCAGUCCCACCUGGUGUCCUCCUGCACCUCCUCCUGUCUGCUAUCUCAGUCUCACCUGGUGUCCUCCUGCGCCUCCUCCUGUCCGCGCUCUUAG